AUGUCAGCAAACGUUGGUUUCGAGACUUUGAACCGGAACGAACUUCAAGUCUGCGGCUUGACUUUUGGUCACACCUCAGAUGGUCUGAUUUGGGAAAGCCAGGGCAAGUGUCGGAAGUUGGUCGUCGAGGGAAAAUCUGCCAGUUUGAAACCAGAGGCAUGUCCGAAGGUCGAAAAGGUCGUGUUUUCCAUGGUAAGUCUUAUUCUGAAGGAUUUUUCUUAGUUUUGACCUGUAAAGGAGCUUUUUAAUUGCUUUUUUUGCAAUUAUCUUUUUUUUCAAAUAAUAAAUUAAAAUUUUAGCUGGGUAAAUUAAAAUUCAUCUUCAGGCUGUUUUAGGGUUUGAUGGUUUAUAUAAUUUUGGUUUUUAGGCCGCUCUGAAGAACCGUGCUCCAUCGGCGAAAAGUGAACUGCUUGACGCUGAAGUUGACACAACAUUGGCGGUGCUUUACCUGAAGUAAGUUUUCUACAAUUUAUUUUAAUUUAUAUUUUUUGAAGAUUUUUUAGAGAUUUUAUGAAAAACUUUUUAUGUUUACCUAGUUUUUGCAUUCGGAAUCAGUUUUAUAUUUUAGUGUCAAAUUGUUAAACUGAAACCGAUUUAAAACAUUUUUCUUUUAGCGCUAAGCCAGUUACCAUCACCACUACGCUCGAGCCUACCACUGAGGUUUCCGAAGCCGCUUUUUCAGAAUCGACAACAAGUUCUAGGUAAGUGUUUGGCAUUUCUGAUCAAUGCUUUGAAGAUUUCACGCUGGGACGGAGUAGUUAAAAUUUUUUGGUUUUUUUCAUGAAAAUCUCGCUUUUUCAAUUUAAAAUUUUUCCAUAACUUUGAAAUUCUGAUUUAAAUGUACUUUUAAACUAACAUUUUUGUUUCAGCGCUUCCACUCUGCUCGGACAUCCGUGGAUAAUAGUCAUGAUGAUGAUUUGGUUCUUUGCGUCCGAAUGA